AUGACCUCAGUCCUGGGUGACCCCCUCACCUCAGGCCCAGGCAUCAUCUCAGUCCUGGGUGACCCCCUCACCUCAGGCCCAGGCAUCAUCUCAGUCCUGGGUGACCCCCUCACCUCAGGCCCAGGCAUUACCUCAGUCCUGGGUGACCCCCUCACCUCAGGCCCAGGCAUUACCUCAGUCCUGGGUGAUCCCCUCACCUCAGGCCCAGGCAUGACCUCAGUCCUGGGUGACCCCCUCACCUCAGGCCCAGGCAUCAUCUCAGUCCUGGGUGACCCCCUCACCUCAGGCCCAGGCAUCAUCUCAGUCCUGGGUGACCCCCUCACCUCAGGCCCAGGCAUGACCUCAGUCCUGGGUGACCCCCUCACCUCAGGCCCAGGCAUGACCUCAGUCCUGGGUGACCCCCUCACCUCAGGCCCAGGCAUCACCUCAGUCCUGGCUGACGCCCUCACCUCAGGCCCAGCGCCCGAGCUCCCCCGCCCCGGCCUCUCAGGGGUUAAAACCGCCGCUGACGGGCGCGGGGGCGGUGCCGCGCUGACAGGUGGCGCAUGCGCUCUGGCGCCGCAUUGUGCCCCGCCGGCCCAGCCCCGCCGCGCCUCAGUCGGCGAGAGGCCGUUGGCGCGCGUGGAGCUGCUGCCCCCUGCGGCCGGCGCCGCGUCCGCUUCCCCCCCCCCAUCCCCCUUCCCCGCCGUCCCACCGCCGGCACUCGCCAUGGAGUAA